AGAAUAUUCAGCAAGGAAGCAUUUGAAUGCUCAUUUGAGAAAUGUGCAUAAAAUUCAGCCAGGUGAAGAAGGUACGAUAAAGUGCUCAAAAAGUGACUGUAGCUUUAAAUGCAAUUUCUUGGCUAAGUUGCGCCUACAUGUGGAGCAGGAGCACAUGGUUGAGAUGGUAAAAGAAAUUAGUGAAUUUCAAACGAAGGACGACUUUAUGAAGUGGAAGUCUGAGGAGGAGAGAGAAACAAAAAGUAGUUUUGUCUCUAGUUAUGGCACUAAGCGUUUAAAGGAUGGCACUGCAAAAACCACCUUUGUAUGCCACAGAAGUGGCACAUUUUCUUCGAAGUCAGGUGGCAAAAGGUUGUGUAAGUCCCAGGGCACUUGCAAGAUGGGAAACCAUUGCGUUGCUGCCAUAGAGCUUCACGAAGAAGAAAGUGGAAUCUGUAGUGUCAUUUACUACAGAACCCAUUUCGGCCACGACCAGAACAUUGCUUUUCUGCAUCUCAGUGGUUCUGAUAGAGAAGCCAUCGCUGGUAAAAUUGCUGAGGGGGUCACUUUCCAGAGAAUUCUGGAUGAUGUGCGGGACUCAGUUCAUUCCAGCGGAGUGGAGAGGCUGCAUCUCCUGACUCGACAUGACCUUCAUAACAUUAAGAGAGACUUCGCCAUUGUUGAUGAUCAACAGCAUAACGUUGAUGAAGUCAGUGUUGGUAUGUGGUUGGAGAAAAUGAAAGACUGUGUUCUCCUCUAUAAGAAAGAAGGCGAGGCCAGGGAAGAUUUUGAUAGGACUGACUCGGUGAUAGUGUUAAUGACUGACUACCAGAAGCAGUUAUUACAGAGAUUUGGACAAAAUAUUGUAUGUGUAGACUCCACACAUUGUACAAAUGUUUACAAACUGUUGGUGACCACAUUGUUGGUGGUAGACGAUUUUGGUUCAGGUAUGCCUGUAGCAUUCUGUGUUUCAAAUCGGGAGACUACUUCCAUAAUGACUCAUUUCUUUAGUGCUGUGAAAGAGAGAGCUGGCAUUAUAAAAACGUCUGUAUUCAUGUCCGAUGACACUAAUACUUUCCGUAGUGCGUGGUCACGAGUCAUGGGACCUGCAGAAAAUAAUCUACUGUGUGCUUGGCACAUAGACCGCAGCUGGCGGAAUAAUUUGAAAAAAGUCCAUGGCAGUGAAGAAAAGAAAGCGCUUGUGUACAAAGCUCUUCGUACAUUGCUUGAAGAAGUGGACAUAGACAAUUUUAAUGAGCUGCUGGAAUCGUUCGUCAGGCAGCUUCAAGCAGAUGAAGUGUCAAUGACGUAUGCAUUACAUUCAAGUGCCACAUUUACACCAAGUGAAGCAACGGUGACAGAAGAGGCUUCUGCCAUUUUGUGUUCACUGCAAACAAAUACUGAUGAUCACGAGAACACAUCUCUGGCCCGAGAACUAGUGUCCACAUAUCAAAUUUUGAUUAACCGUGUCAGUUCAGGUAAAGUGUCCACAGAAAUCCUGAAGUCACUACAGAAGGAUGCAGCUCAUUCGCUGUCACUUUUUCAAUCAGACUGCAGGGAAGCUUCACGACCCCCCAGCAACGAGAAGGUAAAAGUGCAACGAAGACAUGGUAAAUGUAACAAACAGCCAAAGGGCAGUUUGAAGAAACCAACUCUUGCUGAAAAAGAAAAUAUUGUUUCAGCACUGAGGCAGCCUGAAAGUGAAAUAUUAAAUGUUCACGUAGAUUCUGACCAUAAUUACUGUCGGUACUAA